AUGAUGAGUGACCAAGAAAACGAGAACGAGCAUGCAAAAGCAUUCUUAGGAUUGGCUAAAUGCGAAGAAGAAGUGGACGCUAUUGAACGUGAGGUAGAAUUAUACAGAUUGAACAAAAUGAAGCCUGUUUAUGAAAAGAGGGACGCGUAUAUUGACGAAAUUGCAGAGUUCUGGAAAAUUGUGCUUUCACAACACGUUAGUUUUGCGAAUUACAUAAGGGCUUCAGAUUUUAAAUACAUUGACACUAUAGAUAAGAUCAAAGUAGAAUGGCUGGCAUUGGAGUCUGAAAUGUACGACACUAGAGAUUUUAGUAUAACAUUCCAUUUCCAUGGAAUUGAGGGAGACUUCAAAGAGCAGCAAGUCACCAAGGUGUUCCAAAUCAAAAAAGGCAAAGAUGACCAAGAAGACGGGAUACUGACUAGUGAGCCCGUUCCAAUUGAGUGGCCCCAGAGUUACGACUCGAUAAACCCGGACUUGAUCAAAGACAAACGCAGUCCAGAGGGUAAAAAAAAGUACAGACAGGGAAUGAAAACCAUAUUUGGCUGGUUCAGAUGGACCGGCCUAAAACCCGGGAAGGAGUUCCCGCACGGCGACUCAUUGGCGUCAUUGUUCAGUGAAGAGAUCUACCCUUUUUGUGUGAAGUACUAUGCUGAGGCCCAGAGGGACUUGGAAGACGAAGAAGGAGAAUCCGGGUUAAGCGCAGAUGGCGACAGCGAGGAUGACGAUGGCAGUCUCGGUGAGGUGGACUUGCCACUAUCCGACGAGGAACCAAGCUCUAAGAAAAGGAAAGUUUAG